AUGAGACAUGGUAUAGCAGCUUCAAUAGCAUCGAAAAAGAGAAGGCAGGAAGCAUUGGGCAAAGCAAAAAAAUAUAUGUAGGCAGAUGAAGAAAGUUAGCAAAAUGAAUAAGAUAAUAUUUAGCUACUUAAGAAAAAAGUGUUUACAAUUUCCUUUUAUCCUAUUCUAACUUGGACUGUUGGAAUCGCAAUAAUUAUAUUAGGAAUUUACUUUAUUUCAGUAAUUGCUGCGUAAGACUAAGAAGCAAACAUUAAAGGAUUUAAUUAAGGGUAUUGGUGGUAAUACUUUAUCUGUGUGUGCGUGGUAUUAUUUGGACUUGGCAUAAUGUUUGUUCAAAAAAUAUAAAAAAUAGUUAUUGAUAAAGAAAAAGGUUUGAUCUUCAUCAGAAAAAGGAAUAUAAUAUGCUUAUUAAAAGAAUUGUAAAAGCCCGUCAACACUUUCUAGGAUAUUUACAUUUUAAAAAAGGGAUAUGAAACUAAGUUCAGUAAAGCAAUCCAUUAUACACUUUCUAUGAGUUUUUCAGAUUAACAUGAAAGGGUGAGUCUGCUUGAAUUUAGAUCUUUAGAAAAAGCAAAAAGAAGAUUCAUUUAGAUUCGUAAAUUUUUAGGAUUGGCUACAGAUGAAUAAAAUAUUGGAGUGGUAGAUGAAAGCAACUGA